GAGCCAGCGCCCGGGCCGGCCGAGCCUUGUCCGGAGCUCGGAGCCCCGUGCGGGGCAACCCCCGGGGAGGAGCCUCGCCGGCUGGGACGCGUGCCGCACACUGGCACUGCCCCGGCACCAGCCGGGCUGCACGAAAACUCACUGUGUGCCCUCCUCAGUUGUUCUACAAUGAGUGCCAAGUCUGCCAUCAGCAAGGAAAUUUUUGCACCUCUUGACGAAAGAAUGCUGGGAGCUGUCCAAGUCAAGAGGAGGACAAAGAAGAAGAUUCCUUUCUUGGCAACCGGGGGUCAAGGAGAAUAUUUAACAUAUAUCUGCCUAUCAGUGACAAACAAGAAACCCACCCAGGCGUCCAUCACCAAGGUCAAACAGUUUGAAGGCUCCACGUCGUUCGUGCGGAGGUCCCAGUGGAUGCUCGAGCAGCUUCGCCAGGUUAAUGGCAUCGAUCCUAAUCGGGAUUCUGCAGAGUUUGACUUGUUGUUUGAAAAUGCAUUUGACCAGUGGGUAGCCAGCACAGCCUCUGAAAAGUGCACCUUCUUCCAGAUCCUCCACCACACCUGCCAGAGGUACCUCACGGACAGGAAGCCGGAGUUCAUUAACUGCCAGUCCAAAAUCAUGGGAGGAAACAGCAUCCUCCAUUCGGCGGCCGACAGCGUGACCAGCGCCGUACAGAAAGCCAGCCAGGCCUUGAACGAGCGCGGGGAGCGGUUAGGCCGAGCAGAGGAGAAGACAGAAGACAUGAAGAACAGCGCCCAGCAGUUCGCGGAGACUGCACACAAGCUUGCCAUGAAGCACAAGUGUUGAGACACUCCCUAUCGCGGCAAUGACCCUCUCAAGAGAAAUGGAAGAGUUUGCUCAGCAGUUUUUACAAGAAUUCUGGACCUCUGCUUUUUUUUUUUUUUCCUCCAGUAUAUGGACAUUUAGGUUUUUUUUAUUUUUCCUUUUCAGACGUUAAUAUGAAAGAAAAGACGUAGUGUUUAUACAUUUCACUAAGGAUUGUGCUAAGAAAUGCUGCGUCAUCAGAUUCGUUUGGUUUUUUAAUUUUUUUUUCACUGUAUAGACAUAAGUCUUCGUAUGUGUCUUCUCUAAUUUUUUUUUUUUUCAGUAGUUUGGAUGUGGAAUUUGGACCAAAUGUCACGCUGGGCUGGGUCUAAACUGGCAACAUGUUGUUGUCUUUUUUUCUUGAUAUUAAACCAGAGAAGCGCCUGGCUGGCUCAGUCAGUAGAGGACACAACUCUUG